UUUUUUUUAACUGAACAAGGGAUUAAUACCUAAUUCAAAGUCAAUUUGAUAAUCAACAAUUUGUUUCUUAUGUCAGAACUUUUGAUAACAUAUCAUAAGCCUUCCUGGAAGUUAUCUUUCGUUAUGUAUCAAUUCCAAUUUAUGUUUCAGUUACUCAAUUUGAAUCAUGAAGUGACAAAAAUCAAUUUUGAAGACUUGAAUUUCUGUCAUACUGUUUUGCUAUGUAAUUCAAAAUAUGUAGAUGCUGCCCUCCAAAUCUUACAAUCCGAAAACUCAAAAGGGUUGAAGAGGUUGAAUUUCAGAUCUUGUUUAUUCCAAAAUUUCCUAUCACCGCCUUCAAAGGAAAAUACUGGUUUCAAAAGAGUUAGAUAUGGAGUUAAAACAGGACUAGUUGAUCAUCCUUUUGAAAAAGUUGCUAGAAACUUAAAGAAACUAAGAGAAAUAGAAAUUUUUGCUUGCAGGGAGUGCAGUGGAAAUGGUGUUAUAUCUGGUUAUCCUCUUAUAGGAAUUUUCGAAAAUUUGCAGAAAUUGACAUUGGAAAUACCUUUAUUAUUAGAUGGGGCGUUUUUGAAGGAGGUUUUCAUGAAAUGCCAAAAAAUUGAGUGGUUGAGUCUCAAAUGUAUAGCCCAGAAUGAAAAAUUUAUGAUAAAUUUGUGCCAAAAUUUGAAGUACUCUGCUGCACUCAAACAUUUGAGAUUAGAACACAAUGAAAUCGUUAUUGACAAACUGCUAACUAGUCUCACCCAAAUCGACAAGAAACUCCUUCGAAUAUUUCUGGAAUGUGAGAACCUACGUUUCACUUACGCUGAAAUCGAGCCUUUUACAUUUUUUAUGGAGAAUAAUCCUCAGCUUAUUUUCUUUUUCCUAGUUAUUAGAAAAAGCACUUCAAAGCAAAUAAGCGACAUCCAGAAAAUCAUUCAUGGGUUCAAGAGAGGAAAUCCAGCAAAAAUAUUUUAUGUUAAAAAAGAAAUAGACCCUUUUGCUGGAGUAUUUCCUAUACCAAAUGCUCAUCACGAUUUAAUUUUCAAUAGAACUAGAGUUUCAGUUAUCAAUUUUGAUGAAUUUUAAUUGUUAGUGGUGAAAAAGUAUUAGUUGUUUCUUAGUAAAAGAUAUUUAUUUUUUUGGAAAAGAAAGGUUUUGGCCUUCUAUUUCUCCAUCUUAAUACAAAAAAAAUGUGAGAAUCUUCUAAAACUUUUCUUUUCUUAUUUUAUUUAAAAAUGUAUUUACUUUUUUCUCCAUACCUUACAUUUUUAUGUUGAUGGCAUCUAUAGACUUUCUCUAGGAGAUUUUUAUGUGUUGGGACGGCUAUUGAGUUAGGUGAUAGUCUCUAGUUUUCAUCUUUCUUACAAUCUAAAUUGUACGAUAGGAAAUAUGCAGCCUAUUUCAAAUUAACAAUAAAUUAUCAUUAAAUUUUCAUUAAUAAAUAUUUGGCAUAGCCGUUUUAACAAUUUUUGACAAUUUAAAUCCGAGGGGCAGCAACAAUACAAUGAUGAAUGACAAAUUUAAUAUCGCUCAAAUAUUAGCAACUUUGUAUAUCAGAGAUGAAACCGAAUACUAGAAAACAUUGAACUUUGCGCAGAAAAUGGGCAACAGGUCGAAAAUUUAAUAUUAAGAAGUUGAAAGUUGAUCUACCCUUUUAAUGUAAUGUUAAAUUAUUUCAUGCUGCAUGAAAUGAAAUGUGCGAAAUGCUAAGGGUUAUUCAGGCUGCAUGUUUCCACUGCAUGUCUUUCUAUAGUUUAGAUCAAACAAUGUCAUAUAUUAGAUAUGUCUAUAGAACUUAAGUAGGUCAGAGUAUUCAUAUUUUAAUUCAAUGUUACACUUUCAUGAAGAACAUCUCUUUCUAGAGACCUAUUUUUCAUUUGUGAUUCCAUACUAUUUUGCAUUUUUGCCCCUUGCUGAAUGUGUCUGCUUAUUGUAUACCCUACUCUUGGCUUCGCAAAUUUAUUGUGUGCCAAACUUUUUCAAUUAUGUAAAUACUGAAUUAUAGAUUUGCUUGAAAAUAGUUUACUGAAAAUAAUUUGAACUUUGACAAAUCGGAGAAUAAAACGACAAUAAGGGUGAUUGUCAGGCUCAGAAUUCACCAAUUUUUUCUGUAACAACAAAAACACAAAUUGUUGAAUAAUUUUAACAUUAUUGAAGAAGGCUAGAAGAAAUUAUUAUUGAUAGCCAUUGACUUCUGGUAGUUAUUUACUGAUGACUUGUUUAUUUCAGUGUUGCAGUUUUAAAAAUUUGUUGAACCAUUCUGUUAUUAAUGUACCUACAAUCAGUAAGGUUUCUAAUAACUAUUCUAUAUUUGUUUGAACCAAAAUAAGAAUAAUAAUAAAUUAAUAUAAGGGGAAUAAGUUAAUAUACCAAUCCUGAGUUGAAUGUUACAUUGUUUUGGUAUAUUAUGUAUUGUGAAUUAUAAAUCGAAUAAACAUCAGUGACAAUUUUGUAAGAGUUUGUUGGUUUUGAUAUUCCCCAAUAUAAUUGUCAAUAGAUCUUUUGUUUGAAGGUGAUUGACAAUGUUUCAUGAUGAAUUUCAGUAAUUCGGACU